CAUAACGGAAUUCAGAAGUAAGUCUCCGAGUCGAGCGGUUACACCGAAACGGGGGUUUUGUUGUUUCUCUUCAAACAACUUACCUCUGAUGGUGUUUAAAAUUUCAAAAAACUGUUUAAGGUGAUCGGAGUGGACUUCAGCUGGGUUGUGAACUCAGCGAAAAGGACAGCGGCCGGUUUUCCGGCGUUAUAGACUUUUAGAAAAGUUAUUUUCCAAAUCAUCGAAGACUAGACCAGAGACGGGAGCAGAGCGGUUCGUCGUUUUCAUCUUAUCAUUUGUACCAUCGUGCUUUCCGAGUGUGCUCACUUUAUCCAGAGCCAUGAAUUCAUGGCUAUUGUUAAGUUUGUUGUUCGUGUCAAUAUCAAGUUUCACGUCAUCUCAAAAUUUAGAUGAACCCCCACCGCGAGAAUGUGGCUCUAACUGCAACUCGAAUAAUGGCUGUAAAUGUAUAGGCGAGAAAGGCAAUCGGGGUAUCCAUGGUGAUAUUGGUCCUCGGGGUCCCCAAGGUAACCAAGGCUAUGCUGGCGUGGAAGGACUGCCUGGCCCCAAGGGAGAUAGGGGAGAGACAGGUAGACAGGGAUCUGCUGGUUUGAAAGGAAACAGAGGAAAGAUGGGUAUGCCUGGAUUCCCAGGUAUCAACGGAAUUCCUGGUAUCCCUGGGCCAAUGGGACCACGUGGAGCCCCGGGCAUGGACGGAUGUAACGGUACACAGGGAGAGUCUGGACUGCCAGGUUUGCCCGGAAGCACAGGUCCAGUUGGACCCCCAGGAUUCCCUGGUGGAAAGGGGCAGAAGGGUGAAGCAUCAUUAGAAGGAUUCGGACAGAGAGGACAAAAGGGAGAACCAGGACGAGAAGGAUUCCCAGGAAAUCAGGGUACUCCGGGAGAGGAUGGAUCAUCCGGACCAAAAGGAAUUGAUGGUCGUGAUGGUCAAUCGGGUUUACCAGGUUUACCAGGAGCUAAGGGAGAGAAAGGAAACCCAGGCAUUGUUUUCAAUGGUAUCAAAGGAGACAGGGGUAUAAGAGGAAUCCCAGGACCUCCAGGUAUUCCCGGUGACAGCAGGGAACCAUUGGAAGGUCCCAAGGGCACCAACAUUGGACCCAAAGGUGAUCGUGGAUUGAAUGGACGGGAUGGUGAACCAGGAGCUGAAGGACCAAAGGGCUACAAAGGCGCACCUGGACGUGAUGGUAUGAAGGGAAUGAUCGGCAUGAAAGGAGAGAAGGGUAUUCCAGGAAUCGCUGGACCUAGGGGAAAGCAAGGACUUCCGGGGCUGCCUGGUCUGCCUGGCUUGAAGGGCGACCAUGGUAUGGACGGUCUACCUGGUCUGAACGGUCUCAGUGGAGAUAAGGGAGAGUCCGGUCUGGAUGGUAUCAAGGGUGAGAGAGGUCCAGUCGGACCACCUGGCCCAGCCGGUGGAAUCGGCGGUGAUGGUCCAGAAGGAGAUAAAGGUGACAGAGGCCCACCAGGGCCCCGUGGUUUCCGUGGUGAUGAUGGCCGUACAGGACUUCCCGGCCCCUCUGGCCCUGUUGGCCCAGCUGGUGGAUCUGGUAUUCCAGGCCCUCCUGGCCCUCAGGGAGCUGAUGGCAGGAAAGGAGAAAGGGGAGAGAGAGGAAAUGUUGGAUUACCUGGUAUUGAUGGUAUCCCGGGACAAUCAGGUAUUCCUGGCGAGACCGGAGCAGUGGGUAGAAAGGGAGAGCCUGGUCAGAGUAUACCAGGUGUGGACGGACCAUUGGGACCCCCAGGACGUGAUGGCAUACCAGGAUUGAAGGGAACCCAAGGUUUCCAGGGCCCACCAGGUCUUCCUGGAAAUUCCACAAUGGGACGUCCAGGUUUACCUGGACUUAAAGGAAACACUGGAACGAAAGGAUUCCCGGGUCUUAACGGACGUAACGGUCUGCCUGGUUUACCUGGAAUGAAGGGAGAUAGAGGUGGAUCCUGUAGUCAGUGUAUGCCUGGUAUGAAGGGUGACAAGGGAUCGCCUGGUCUCAGUGGACUGCCUGGAACUUCUGGUCGCCGUGGUAUCAUUGGAGAGGCAGGAGAACGUGGUGUCCCUGGUGAGGAUGGAGCCCCAGGUAUCCCAGGAGCUAGUGGAGAAGUUGGUGACAGAGGUCUUCCCGGAUUCUCUGGAAUGAAGGGACAGAAAGGAGAGCAGGCUAUUCUAGAUCCAAACACAAUUAUUCAAUGUGAGAAAGGAGACACUGGUCUACCUGGAAGGGAUGGAUUGAAAGGAUUUCCGGGACUUCCUGGGCCUACUGGUCCUGCUGGAAUCUCUGGACUGCCAGGUCUGAAGGGAGACAAGGGUGACUCUGGCUUCCCAGGGCAGCCUGGACAAUCAGGCUUACCAGGUUUGAAAGGAGAAAUGGGAGGCAAGGGAGAGGCAGGCUUUGGAUUGGCUGGACAAAAAGGUUCUCGUGGAUUCCCUGGAGAGAACGGUCUUCCUGGUCUCCGUGGGUUGCAAGGACAGAGGGGAGUUCCAGGAGAAUCAAUUGCCAUCAAUCCGGAAAACCUGAAAGGAGUCAAAGGAGAGCCAGGUCUUCCUGGAGUUCCAGGAUUCCCCGGACAGGAUGGGCUUCCAGGAAUGAAAGGAGAGCGAGGAACUGGUGGCCUGCCUGGCUUGAAUGGUAUCCCUGGUAUGAAAGGAAACCGUGGAAACGAUGGACUUCCAGGAGCAAGUGGACCAAGAGGGCUGCCCGGUGGCCGUGGUGAACCUGGUCUGCCUGGCCCAUCUGGACUGCCUGGAUUUGAUGGACCGAAAGGAGAUGAUGGACUCCCUGGUCUCGCUGGACUUAAGGGUGGACGUGGUCAACCUGGAAUUCCUGGCAAUGCUUUGGAAGGACGUAAGGGAGAGCCUGGACGCAACGGUAUACCUGGGGAGAGAGGUCAAUCUGGACCGCCAGGAGCAACAGGUCUGCAAGGAUUGUCAGGAUUGCCAGGAAUGAAGGGUGACUCUGGCUCUUCAGGAUUACCAGGAAUGGAAGGAUUACCAGGAAUGAAGGGCGAAAGGGGACAGGAUGGAAUUCCGGGAGAAAGGGGACAGGUCGGCCCAGAAGGAUUACCUGGACUGCCAGGUGAACCUGGACAGAAGGGAUCAUCCGGACUUCCAGGUGUGAAUGGACUUCCCGGCCAGAAAGGCCAGUCAGGAAAUGAUGGUACCCCAGGUCAGUCUGGUUUAACGGGUCUGGAUGGCCCCCAGGGUCCCCCAGGACAACCAGGAUCUGACGGACUCCCAGGACUGCCAGGAGCCAAGGGCGACAGCGGUGUGGUAGGUUUCCCAGGAGAACCAGGACUGGACGGUGUUAAUGGUCUAAAUGGAGGAAAGGGAGAAAAGGGAUUCGCUGGAGCUGCCGGAGUUCCAGGAACAGCCGGAGAUCCAGGACGCCCUGGAUUCAAGGGAGACCAAGGUAUCCCAGGAUUCCCAGGUUUGGAUGGUGCCCCAGGAGAGGACGGAGCUCCCGGUAGGAAGGGAGAGCGUGGACCAGGUGGAGAGGCAGGCUUGGUCGGAGAGCCAGGUCGAAAUGGAUUGGAUGGAAUUCCUGGAGAGAAAGGAGCGCCAGGAUUUCCAGGAGUUGGUCUGCCUGGUCAAGAUGGACGUUCAGGAGAUGUUGGACUCCCAGGAGAUCCAGGUCGUGACGGGCCUUCUGGCCAAAAGGGAGAUGAAGGCAUGCCAGGCUUCCCGGGUAUGAAGGGAGAAAAGGGAUCUGGUGGGCUACCAGGAAUUCAGGGACCAUCUGGAAUGGAUGGCCUCCCCGGAAUGAAAGGAAACACUGGACUGAAUGGUUUGCCAGGUUUUGCUGGAUCUAAGGGCUCUAAGGGAACUGCUGGCUUUGCUGGUGUCCCAGGAGGUGCCGGACGACCAGGACCUCCAGGACCAGCCGGACCCCCUGGCUUCCCCGGACUUAAGGGUGAACGAGGUGUCACAGGAGAGCCUGGCCGUGAAGGAAAUCCCGGUUUAUCUGGGCAGAAGGGAAAUUCAGGUCUGCCUGGAUUUGAUGGUCGUCCUGGACAGAAGGGACAGGAUGGUCUGCCCGGAAUACCCGGACUAAAAGGAGACGGGGGAGAUCGCGGUCUGCCAGGUGUUGAUGGACGUCCAGGACUUUCAGGCAUAAAGGGAGAGACAGGUGUGAGUGGACGACCAGGGUUUAAGGGUGAGCCUGGACGCUCCUCAGCAGGUAUCAAGGGAAACCAGGGACCAAGAGGACCAUCAGGACUUAAUGGGCUGCCUGGCAUGAAGGGAGAAGCAGGAGCUGUUGGCCGUGACGGACUACCUGGAAUGAAGGGAGAUCGUGGUGAGGAUGGCAUUGGACUUUCUGGAGCUAAAGGAGAACCAGGAUUCACCGGAGUUCCAGGAGAACCAGGAAUCCGCGGACAGUCAGGAGAAGACGGAUCACCUGGUGUCCCUGGUGCCAAGGGUGGCCAAGGUGAACGAGGCUUCCCAGGACUACCUGGAAUGAAAGGAAACGUUGGACCAUCAGGUCCUCAAGGUGAGUCUGGACUUCCUGGAUCAUUUGGACAGAAGGGUAGUCCAGGACAACCAGGACCUGCCGGAUUCCCAGGAACUCCAGGAUUAAAGGGUGAAUCUGGACGCACUGGAUUCCCAGGAGCCCCUGGAGAUAGAGGUCUGCCUGGUUUUAAUGGUACUAAGGGAGAACGUGGACCACCUCCAAUAAUACCCGAUAGGCUUCUACAGCCAGGUGCCCCGGGAGAAAAGGGUGAGCGUGGUCAGAAUGGCCUGCCUGGCGUAGAUGGUCGGCCCGGAGAACCUGGACUUAUGGGAUUCAAAGGAGAGAGGGGACCAAGAGGAGAAGAUGGACUUAACGGUUUCCCAGGCCAGAAGGGUGACUCUGGGGCUCGAGGAUUCCCUGGUGUUCGAGGAAGUGAUGGACUCCGUGGACCCCGUGGAUCUGAGGGACCUGUCGGAGAGCCAGGACUGCCCGGACUUACACCUCCAUCAGGCUUUAUGAUGGUGAGACACAGUCAAACCAUCGACACACCCCAGUGUCCACUCGGACUGACUCCAUUGUGGACUGGUUACAGUUUGUUAUACAUUGAAGGGAACGAGCGCUCACAACACCAAGAUCUUGGUCUUGCCGGAUCCUGUAUGAGGAGGUUCAGUACCAUGCCAUUCCUUUUCUGUAAUACAAACAACGUUUGUAACUAUGCUAGCCGUAACGAUAAAUCCUAUUGGCUGGCAACCAAUGCCAACCUUCCCAUGAUGCCUGUUGGAGGACAGACUCUAUCCGAGUACAUCAGUAGAUGUGUGGUGUGUGAUGCCCCAUCGAACGUCAUUGCCGUCCAUAGCCAAACGCUUAGUAUACCAGACUGUCCAACAGGCUGGAACGGUCUCUGGAUCGGAUACAGUUUUGCCAUGCACACCGGAUCUGGUCCAAGUGGAGGUGGCCAGUCUCUGUCCAGCCCAGGAAGUUGUCUGGAAGACUUCAGGUCCACACCUUUCAUCGAGUGUAAUGGCGCCCAGGGCACCUGUCACUUCUAUGCUAACAAAUUCAGCUUCUGGCUGACCACCAUUGAUAGAGGAGCAGAAUUUUCACAACCCCAGCAAAUGACACUUAAAGCAGGGUCUCUUAGGACCAGAGUCAGUCGAUGCCAAGUCUGUAUGAAAUUAGUGUAGGGCUUCUUUGAUACCUAAAAAUUAAUGGAUGUUAGAAUUAUUUUUAAUCUAUCAAAAAAUACUUUAAAGCUUGCGUUGAUCAUGAUGAAAUGUUAACGAUUAUGAUUAGAUGCUGAAUGCGGUUGUGUCUACUUCAUGCGUUCGCUGGUAAAACCAAAUUGUGCCUUAUAACCAGUAAUCGGUACCAAUGGGUGCCUAUCAUUUCUUUUUAUAACAUUAUCUUAGCAUCAAUUUUUCUUGAAAUGCAAGUUUUGAUGAAGAUAUUAUAAAUUGUCUGUUUAUGUUGUGUCUGUGUGUAUAUGUAGCUGUUUUUGUCUGGGGUGGGAGGAAGGGGUUUAAUAUGGUGAGGGAAUUCAGUGUAACCACACAUGAUGGGAAACUUCAUCAUAUGGAGGUAAAAAAAUCACUAGUCAAAGGAUACCUUAAUGAAGUUAACAUGUCUUUGUCCGGCAUCAUAAGCACAGCCCUUGAUUUGUGUUGGUCUCUAUAACGAUGGCGUUCCUAUACUGGAUCAUGUGUACAGAAUAUAGCCAAUUACAAUGUUUCCGUUGUGUUCUAUGAAAGUCGAUGUUGAAGAAUCUAUGCAAUUUGACAUGUAUAUGUACAAUGAGUUUAGAUGGAUGUAUAAACAAAGUUUGAGUGAGCUAUCAUCACCACAUUUUAUAGUAUUUAUAAGAAAACAUUUUUUUGGAAUUAAUUAUCGGUAAAUAAUCUAUGCAGGAUAUUGUUAAUUGCUAUAUUGAAAAUGUUACAGUUUUAAACAACUGAUUUGGGCGAAUGAAAGUUUUUUUGUUGUACUUGUAAGGAAAUACUCACCAAGAUUUAUAUGAAUAACUGAAUUUUUAUUAUAGAAUUUUUAUACUAGUCCUACAUGUUUACGAUGAGCCCUCAAAUUGUUUAAGAAGUAUAAUUUUGUAGCAUAUAUAUACAUGAAUGGGGGGGUUUUAACACUUUUCCUAGUCACCUUUAUUAGUUUAAUGAACAAAGUAUAUUUUACACAAAUACUUUAACCUGUGUUCUACAAAUCUCUGUAUUCUGUAUUUGUAGGUGCUUUUUACAUGCAUUAUUGUGUUCGAGAUUUUUUUUACUUUAUUUUGCAUUAAUCCUUAAACCCCUGAUUUCCAGGAUGGACUAUUCCAUCUGUAAACCAUAGUUAAGUUCAUUUUGGUAGUCAGGGUGGGAUUGCAUAUUGUAGUUCUAAAAUAGACAUGACAUGCUCAACACCUAGCAUGGAUAGGCUGUGUUUUGUGCUGAUGUGGUCCCCCUAAGCCAGACUGUUGGGAUAUUCCUGAUGUGGUCCCCCUAAGCCAGACUGUUGGGAUAUUCCUGAUGUGGUCCCCCUAAGCCAGACUGUUGGGAUAUUCCUGAUGUGGUCCCCCUAAGCCAGACUGUUGGGAUAUUCCUGAUGUGGUCCCCCUAAGCCAGACUGUUGGGAUAUUCCUGAUGUGGUCACCCUAAGCCAGACUGUUGAGAUAUUCCUGGAGGUUUAAUUGGUUUCUCUAGGGUGUAAUGUAUUAUAACACAUCAUACAACAAAAACUUUAGUUUUAAAUUUUUUAAUUCAGAUAGUUAUAAUUUGAUAAAAAAAUUAUCGCUCAAAUGCAUUCAGUCCAUAAAUGUGGAGUCCAAAAAGGGUCCAGACUGAGAAUUGUUGGACUUGCCACCAAAACUGUUUAAAAUUUUGCCUUUUCUCACCUCAAGACUUGCCAAUAUAUCUCCAAGAAUCCAUUUUGCAACCAAACUGGAUGACCACAAAAGAUACAUAUUUUUUUGUAAAGAUGGUACAUUUCUUCCCAUAGUCACAAUAAAUGUCUGUGUGUAGGCUGCACAAAACAAGCUUGUCCAUGCUGAUCAUGUGACUAAAACGUCACCGUGAAUUCAUUGUGCCAACCAAUCAGAGAGAUCCAUUGGGUGUAAGCUGACUCCUUAAGGAAACUUGCACCCUUGGUCUUCCUGUACUAGUUUGAUAAUUUUGUAUCUCAUUGCGAAUUCUAACUAUGAAACUGCUGGACAUUUAAAAAUAAAAUUCAGUUUACUUGGA